AUGGACGGAACAGAGGAAGUGAAGGGAGGUAGUAAACGCGAACAGAGCACGAAUGAGAUUAGGGAGAUGGUUACUCCUCAACAACAGACAGCUGAAGUAGGGAACCUGCGCAUAACACAAAGUGAUGAAAUGCUGAGAGGAAAGUUGCAACGGAAAGAAGGAGAAUUCACAGGAAAUAUUUCGAUUACACCGAGAGACGAAGACUGGAUGAACACUGAAGAAUGUGUUGAAGUGCCGGUACAAGAAACAAUCCUGUCUUACAGAGAAGUCCUGAAGCCAAGGAAUGACGACAGAGAAGGGUCACAGAGAAAGGAACAACAGGAGGAGAUUUGGGAUGGCAACCUACUGUUAAACAAUGAACAGGAAUUAUUCAAGGGUGUAUCUGUCAAAGACUCAGUAGCAGGACCAAUAAUCGAAUUCUCUGAAGAAGAAAGGAGGAGACUUGCUAAAAGAUGGGAAUUUUCCCUUAUCAUCAAGUUGUUGGGAGGUACGAUGGGUUUUAUGCGGAUGAGGAGACAUAUCCAAACCAUGUGGGGAAAAGGUGGGAAUGUAGAUCUCUCAGAUAUCGGUAACGGGUAUAUGAUAGCUACCUUCCAAAACAUAGAUGAUUAUUACUUCGCGAUUGAGGGCGGGCCAUGGCUGAUCCAAAAUCACUACCUGACAGUUCAAACAUGGAAACCUAACUUCAACCCCUGGAAUGAAAAGAUUCAAAGGGUGACUGUAUGGGUUCGGCUUCCUGGAGACUAUUAUGACAAGAAAUUUUUCUUCCACCUGGGGAAUAAAAUAGGGAAAGCGAUCAAGGUUGAUGAAAUGACCUACCUAAGAGCUCGAAGAAUGUAUGCCAGAAUGUGUGUAGAAAUUGACCUGAAUGCUCCACUUCUUCCAGCGUAUACAGUGGACGGAAACAGAUUGAAGAUAGAGUAUGAAGGACUCCAUAUGAUCUGCUUUGUCUGCGGAAAGUUCGGCCAUGAUUCGACACACUGUCCAUCUAGGAUAAACUAG